CUCUCACUCUCUAGUAUAGUUUCCACUUUCUUGUUCUCCGAAUUCAUUCUCUGGGUUCGAGUCUUUUAGGGUUUUGUCUAGCGUCUCUCCUCGCCUUUGCCGUGACUGGUAAGGAUGGAUUCAUUUGAGCCAAAUGGAAACGGGAAUGAUGACAGUUUGCCGCCACCACCACCUCCGCCUCCUGAAGUGCCACCAAAUAUUGUUCCAGUGAAAGUAGAAGAGCUGCCUCCUGAACCAGCUAAGAAGCCUUCUCGAGUUCCAAUAGCUAGACGGGGCUUGGGAUCCAAAGGAAGUAAACUGCAACUUCUCACCAAUCACUUCAAAGUUGAUGUCAACAACAAGGAUGGGCAUUUCUUUCAUUACAGUGUAGCCCUUUUCUAUGAAGAUGGACGACCUGUGGAAGGUAAGGGUGUGGGAAGAAAGUUAAUUGAUAGAGUACAGGAGACUUACGCAUCUGAGCUAGCGGGAAAAGACUUUGCCUAUGAUGGUGAGAAGAGUUUGUUUACUGUUGGAUCUCUUCCUCGAAACAAACUUGAGUUUACGGUUGUUCUAGAGGAUGUCAUAUCAAACAGAAAUAAUGGAAAUUGCAGCCCUGAUGGUCAUGGAAGUCCAAAUGAGGGUGACAGGAAGAGGAUUCGGCGACCGAAUCGUGCAAAAACAUUUAAAGUGGAGAUCAGCUUUGCUGCAAAGAUUCCGAUGCAGGCCAUUGCCAACGCAUUACGUGGGCAGGAGACUGAGAAUUUUCAAGAAGCCAUAAGAGUUCUUGAUAUUAUAUUGAGGCAAAAUGCUGCUAAGAAAGGCUGUCUACUUGUUCGGCAAUCCUUCUUCCACAAUGAUCCAAUGAAUUUUGCUGAUGUGGGCGGUGGUGUUCUGGGCUGCCGGGGAUUUCAUUCAAGUUUUAGGACUACACAGAGUGGCUUAUCCCUCAACAUCGAUGUAUCAACUACGAUGAUAAUACAACCUGGGCCUGUGGUGGACUUCUUAAUUGCCAACCAAAACGUGAGACAUCCUUCUUCCCUUGACUGGGCCAAGGCUAGAAAGACUCUGAAGAAUUUGAGGAUUACAACGACCCCAUCUAAUCAAGAGUACAAGAUAUGUGGGCUCAGUGAACUCCCAUGUCGUCAACAGACGUUUACUCUCAAGAGUAAGGGUGGUGAUGAUAGUGCAGCAGAGGAAAUAACUGUUCUUGAUUAUUUUGAAAAUUAUCGCAAGAUACAUCUUAAGUACUCCGCUGAUAUGCCUUGCGUUAAUGUUGGGAAACCAAAACGCCCAACUUAUAUUCCCAUUGAGCUUUGCUCUUUGGUAUCCCUGCAACGUUAUACAAAGGCACUUACUACACUGCAAAGGGCAUCAUUGGUUGAAAAGUCUCGGCAGAAGCCACAAGAGAGGAUGAAGGUUUUGUCUGAUGUUUUAAAAGUCAGCAAGUAUGAUUCUGAUCCUAUGCUACAUAAUUGUGCAAUUCGAAUAAAUACUGGUUUUACACAAGUGGAUGGCCGUGUCCUCCCAGCUCCAAGGUUGAAGUUUGGCAAUGGAGAAGAGUUCAAUCCAAGAAAUGGGAGGUGGAAUUUUAACAAUAAGAAAUUUGUGCAGCCAACAAAGAUAGAGCGAUGGGCUGUGGCAAACUUUUCUGCACGUUGUGAUGUGCAAUCUCUUGUUCGGGAUCUGACUAGAUGUGCACAAGCGAAAGGAAUUCAAAUAGAUCCCCCAUUUGAUGUAUUUGAGGAAAGUCCGCAGUUUAGGCGUGCCCCACCUAUGGUUAGAGUGGAUAAGAUGUUUGAAGAGAUACAGUCGAAACUUCCUGGAGCACCUCAGUUCCUUCUCUGUCUUCUUCCGGAGCGGAAAAAUUGUGAUAUAUAUGGCCCCUGGAAAAAGAAGAAUCUUGCUGACUUUGGAAUUGUUAAUCAGUGCAUGUGUCCGCAAAGGGUCAAUGAUCAAUAUCUGACCAAUGUGUUGCUGAAAAUCAAUGCUAAGCUAGGUGGGAUGAAUUCAUUUUUAUCUGUUGAAAAAUCUCCUACUCUGCCCAUUGUUUCCAAAGUUCCUACCAUUAUCCUUGGGAUGGACGUGUCCCAUGGCUCACCUGGGCAGACGGAUAUUCCUUCCAUUGCAGCGGUGGUGAGCUCCCGACAGUGGCCUUUGAUCUCGAAGUAUAGGGCCUGUGUUCGAACCCAGUCUCCAAAGGUUGAAAUGAUUGAUAAUCUGUUCAAGCCAGUAGGUGAAAAGGAAGAUGAGGGCAUUAUCAGGGAACUUCUUGUUGAUUUCUAUCAAAGUUCUGGUAAUAGGAAGCCUGAAAACAUAAUCAUAUUCAGGGAUGGGGUUAGUGAAUCACAGUUCACUCAAGUUUUAAACAUCGAGCUUAAUCAAAUCAUUGAGGCCUGUAAAUUCCUUGAUGAAAAGUGGGACCCCAAAUUUGUGGUGAUUGUUGCUCAGAAAAAUCACCACACAAAAUUUUUCCAGAAUGGGUCUCCUGAUAAUGUCCCCCCUGGAACUAUUAUUGACAACAAAAUUUGUCAUCCCCGAAAUUAUGAUUUCUACUUAUGUGCACAUGCUGGAAUGAUCGGAACCACUAGGCCGACACAUUACCAUGUUCUGUUAGAUGAGAUUGGUUUCUCUGCAGAUGAUCUACAAGAAUUGGUGCAUUCUCUUUCAUACGUUUAUCAGCGGAGCACCACUGCCAUAUCUGUCGUUGCUCCUGUCUGUUAUGCACACCUGGCAGCAACUCAGCUGGGGCAGUUCAUGAAAUUUGAGGACAAGUCUGAGACUUCGUCGAGCCAUGGUGGCCAGUCUUCUGCCUCUGGUGGCACUGUUCCUCAGUUGCCGCCAUUGCAGGAAAAUGUCUGCAAUUCCAUGUUCUUCUGUUGAGGCUCAUGAGCUCCAGCUUUUAGCCUCUCCUGCUAUCUAAUAUAUAGAAGUUUGUGCAUAUACAUUGCACAACUUCGUUUUUAAUUAUGGAAACUGUUGGACUUGUGGUAGACUGAACCGAACCUUUUCAUGUGCUUUUGGAACAUCCUAUGCUUAGUGUAGGUUUGGUAUUUAUGACUGGCCUAGGAUUUGACCUUUGGCUUCUUUUGAUGUGUUGGUAUGUAUGAGAAGCCCCGGCAUGUGGUUUGCUUAUGUUUAUAUCUAGUGGACAUAUUUAGAUGCUACCUGUCGUUUAGGUUGUGAAUAGUCUGACAAUUUAGCUUCAUCAAUGCUUAUGAAAAUGUUACUGGUCAUUGAAGCGCUCAA